ACAACCGUCAUCAGUUUUGUGAAUCAUUCGUGGCAUUUCAUUGUAUUUUUAAUUUUCUAUUUUAAAUCGUGUGUAUUUAUAACAACAAGAUGCUGAGCAAAGUAGUAGCCAUUUUGUCGACAGUUCUAGCGUUGUCGAACGCUCUAAACAGUGUCCAGGUGGUGAAUACGAACGCCAAUAUGCAAAGCCAAAGUCAAAACCAAUACCCCUACGGUAGCGGCGGAUACUGGUCAAGGCCGAAUAACCAAGUCUACCUCAGCGGAGCAGUACGCAGCUACCAAGGAGGAUACCCAUCUUAUGACCAAGGCUACUACCCAUCCAACAUCGGUUACCGUUAUCGUCGCCAGGUGCCCGUAACGCCGAUCGUCAAAGAAGCCAAUGCCCAAUACCAAUACCAAGGCAGUAACCAAUACGAUGAAAGAAUCAACCCAAUGUACAACUCCAACUACGGCGGCGACUUCAACACCCCUUACCCAUACUCAGAUGCCUACCGGUACAAAGAAAACAACCAAUACCAAUUGCAAGGCAAUGCUCAAAGUAGAGUCGAAGGAGAUCCACGAUUCGGCGACCAAUUCAACAACAGAUACCAAAGUCAACAGCAAGGAUCGUUGCAUCGUCAACGUUACCAGUACUAAGUGCACCGUAAUUUCAUAUCUAGUACGCCAAAAAAAAACCGCGGAGCAGAUUCCUAUAGUAAGAUGACCUCGGUUUUGUUCUGUUUUUUUCUCAUUCUGCUCAGCUAGUUUUCAUGUAUUGUAAUCGUGCAUUUUUUUGCGUCGAUUCGGCUUUUUAUCUCGCUCGCGAAAAUAUUCAUUUGUUUUGGCUAUUUCAUUUCUUGAUAAUGUAUUACCACGAUAAAUACUAUCAAUAAAAUGUUGAUAUUUUACCUA